AUGACUAUAAUGCUUUUAAGAGAGGAUGGAGGUGGCCAAAACCCCAGUUGGCUACACAUUUUGGCCAGUUGGGCCGCUGAAUUGCUCCCGGAGGCAUUUCGGUCAUUCGUGCCAGGCCGGACGACUGAUGGGCGCUCAACUGAUCUGAGAACUGGAGUCUGUGCACACUCACGCGCAUUAUUUAGAAUGUCGGUAAGAGUAAGCAAGACGGCCAGAAAAUUAUGUUUUCGUUUUGCCAAGCCCUUUCUCACUCUUCACUUUAUGGCCCAACGGAACACUCAAAUUCUGAAGUCUACAUAA